AUGACCAUGUGGAAGAUGUCCUUCGAGACGAACCAGGACAUGGAGGAGAAGAAGGAUAGACCCAAGCUUUGGAGGCUGCGCCGUGCCGUGAGGCAGCAGCACGGGAAGCUGUACAUCAUCAGGAAAUGCAUCGCCAUGCUCAUCUGCGGCAGUCCCAACCAUGCAGGCAUAUAUGGGAACAGAUGA